GAUCGUCAGAAGCGAAAACAGCAUUACGAUUUAAUGAACAGGAUUUGAAUGAUCGAAUGGAAGAAAUGGUGGGCUUGGGAAGAUCUUUAGAGGCCCAAGAAGGUGAACUUGGGAAGCUUAAAGG